GCUCGAGUCUCUACGCGGUUUCGCUCCUUCCCCUGAAAGGGGAGGUUGCAAGGACAAGGGUCAUGGAGGCUGAGGACAAGUUCGCGGCCCUGCGCACCAAGAUCUUCACCGAGUCCAUCGAGACCUCCAACGAGCCCAGGUGGGGCUAUUUCGGCAUCCCCGGCUCGCUGGCGAUCGGGGACAACUCCUAUGCGCCAAGGUUGACCAAGAAGCCGGUGGUCGAGGAUGAGGAGAACACCACCCGCAACAUCAUGGGGAAUCCUGUGAAGAAAGGCACCACGCCGGACGUCUACUUCAAGUUCGAGACUCCGCUGGGCAUCGGGGACCCGUACCAAGACCCGGGCCUGGCCAUGAAGAAGGGCAAAGUUUGGAUGCUGGACCCGGACGCCUCCUUCAAGCCCCCGGGCAAGGUGAAGCAGAGCAUCAACAAGCUGGGCUACGAGUAUGUGGAGCACUGCGACCAAGUGAAAGACCCGAAGGCGGUCAAGGAGAAGUACACAGACUACAUCCCUCCACGCAACAUCCUGGGCGGCAAUUCCAAGCGAGGUGGCCCCGGCGUGCUGACGGGCGGCGUGCUCUUCGGUUUCGGGGAGCCGGGCGCUUUCCCAGAGCACAUGCCGGACGACUACGACGCCGCGAGGAAGCAGCGCAAGAAGGAGCUGGAGGAACACCACAGCAAAGUGCAGGAGAUGGCGUUCAAGGGCCUGGACUAUGGGAACAAGUUCUUCCAGAGCAAUGAGGAAGCCUUCGGAGGAUAUGAACACCCAACGCAUGUCCCGCGCGACCCACAACCGGACACGGCUAUCAAGUUCCCUCACGAGUCGCCCUUCCGCCCCACCAACCCCAUGAAGCGCGAUGCGGUCGGCUGCCUCAUGGGCGGCAUCCCCGAGUACAUCCCUUCUCCGGAGGAUCCUUUGGUGCGCAAGCCAAAGGUGGAAGAUGCGCCUCCAGCCUUCCGUUUGGGCGCUCCCCGUGGUGUGGCCAAGCCUACUCCAUCUGUGACCACGCUGGCGCGGAACAUGCGCAACGAGAGGCCCUCCAGCUUUAUGCGGCCGACUCUCUAAAGUGAGCAGGACGGGUUUCACAAUCGGCGCUUGGCGUGCUCCGCGAAAUGUGGCGGGCAGCUUCUGGGUCAACGUUUGGGAAAAGGUGCGACGGUUUUGUCGUGUAG